UGAGGUGAACGAUAGGCUUUUAUUAGCAGCAAAAGGGACCACGACAUCCUGGAGACAGGGAGGAGCAGUGCCUCCAAUCACCUUUAUACAGGGGUCUGUGAGAGGAGUCACAAGGAGCAGUCAGCAGAGGAGCGUGUCCAGACAGACAAGUAGGGUAAUAGCAGAAGAGCUGUCGGCAUCGGGCUUGUCCAAAGUUGUUUGGAGCAGGUGGAACUGUAGAACCGCUUCCGUGUUUCCCGCCGGAGCCGACCGAGAGGGAACGAGUUCUUCGUCUCUGCGCUGUCGGGUCUGAGCCGGAGGCCAAAAUGUCCAUCUUCACUCCCACCAACCAAAUCCGGUUGACCAACGUAGCGAUUGUCCGCAUGAAGAGAGCGGGGAAACGCUUUGAAAUCGCCUGCUACAAGAACAAAGUGAUGAGCUGGAGGAAUGGAGCCGAAAAGGAUCUUGAUGAAGUUCUUCAGACACACACAGUGUUUACAAAUGUAUCCAAAGGACAAGUGGCAAAAAAAGAGGAUUGUGUAGCAGCAUUUCAGACAGAUAAUAUGACAGACAUUUGUAAACAGAUUUUGGCAAAGGGUGAAUUGCAGGUAUCUGACAAGGAGCGGCAUGCGCAGCUUGAGCAGAUGUUCCGAGACAUAGCGACCAUAGUAGCAGAGAAAUGUGUCAACCCUGAAACAAAGAGACCUUACACCGUGAACCUAAUAGAGCGUGCUAUGAAAGACAUCCACUACUCUGUGAAGGUCAACAAGAGUACAAAGCAGCAGGCAUUGGAAGUUAUCAGACUGCUCAAGGAUAGCAUGCAGAUUGAGCGUGCUCACAUGAGACUCCGACUCAGGAUUCCAGUAAAGGAUGGAAAGCGGCUUAAGGAAAAACUGAAGCCACUGAUUAAAAUGAUGGAAAGUGAAGAAUUUGCUGAAGAUUUAGAUGUUGUAUGUUUGAUUGAUCCUGGUUGCUUCAGAGAAAUUGAUGAACUAAUCCGACAGGAAACGAAGGGAAAGGCUUCCCUUGAAGUUCUCAGCUUAAAGGAGGUGGAAGAAGGUGAUGAAAAACUUGAAUAAGUUGUUCAUGGAAGUUUUGGUCCAGCUGCAAAACCAAGUAUUCUUAAACCACACUGGUACCAAUAAAUAAUCCAUUUAAAGUGGACUGAAACUGUGUUUGCUUCAGUGGGACCCCAAAAGGAAUAAAUAAUAUACAUUUUUGAAUCCUUAAUCCACUUGAUACUCUUUACAGAAGUAUUCUAUUCUUAGAUUAUUUUUCUCUGGUAUUUAAUUAAAAGGUGUUUAAAGUUAAAACAUUGCUUUGUUGAUUUCUUUAACUUGUACAGUUACAUGACUGUAAUGCUGGUGUUCAUUUGCUUUCAAUUAUGAGUAUUCUGAAGUUCCAUUUAUCCAAGAGAGCAUUUUAUCACAGUAUUGAAAAGUCCACAAAAAGUUUUGGAUACAGCCUUGUCCAUCACAAGCAAAGACCUCCCCAUCAUUGAGCACAUUUACAAGAAAGCAGCAUCCAUUAAGGACCUCCAUCAUCCAGGCUAUGCGUUCUGAUACCAUCGGUCCUACACCACCAGGUUCAGGAAGUUACUCUACAAACAUUAGACUCCUGAACUAGUACAGAUCACUUCACACAUCUCAACACUAAACUGACUCCACAACUUAUAGAUUCACUUUAAAAGGACUUUUCAACACAGUAGUGUAGUGGUUAGUGCAACACCAUUACAGCUCAGGGCAUUGUGAAUUUGGAGUUCAAUUCCAGCAUCCUCUGUAAAGAGUUUGUAUGUCCUCCCUCUAGAAUGCCUGGGUUUCUUCCAGGUGUUCGAGUUUCUUUCCACAGUCAAAAGACAUACCGGUCAGUAGGUUAAUUCAUCAUUGUAAAUUGUCCUGUAAUUAGGUUAAGUGGGGAGUUGUUAGAGAUAAGCUGCACCACCCAGCAAUCCCUAAAUAAAUAACUAAAUAAACUUGUGCUCAGUAUUGUUUACUUUUAUGAUUUCCAUGAUGUCAUCUUUUGCACAUUAGUUGGUCAGUCUUGGUUAUAGUUUUUCCAUAAGUUUUAUUUUUUGUUUCCUGCAAAUAACUGCAAGAUGAUGAAUCUCAAGGUGCACAGGCUGACAUACAUACUUUGAUAAUAAAUUUUGACUUUGAGCUUGUAGUGGUAGAAAUACACUGAAUCAAGAAGUGAGUCACUUACCACAGAAUAUUUACUCUUACACUGUUCAAAAGACACUUAGGUUAUCAUUAAUUUCAUCAGAAUGUGAGCAAGCACUUAUCAGAUACAGACCUUGUCAUUUAUUAAUUAAAGCCUGGACGGUCAAACCCCACUGCAAUUGGCCACAAACUGUGUCAUUGGUCUUGAUUAAUCUGACCACCUCAUGGAAUAUAUUUGUAACAGUUUUUCAUAGAUAGUGACCUGCCAUCUCUACAACAUUGUCACAUUGAUUGUGUGAUCCUUAAGUUUCAUUGUUGUAGCACUGAUGAAACAAAGCUUCAACCAUAGAGUUUGAGACUGUUAGGACAAAUACCAUGGUGACACAACGACUACUGUUGAUGUUAUGUUAUGUUAUAAAGCUAUUCAGAUUUCAAAUGUCUUCUGUAGUUUAGUCACUCCAGAAUUUGUCCAGCUGUGGAGGAUUACAUCUGCAAUUACUUAUUAUUAAUAAGUAUACCACAUUGUUAGAACUGUCUAUAAUACCUAUACAUUGCUACAUUUUUGGCACUGCACAGUGGAAAAAGUUUGAGAAGGAUUAAAAAUGAUUAAAGGAAAUGUUAUGCAGCAGGUUGCAACAGCUGGGAAACAGGAGCUCCAGAGAACAAAGUGUACAUCCAACCGAAGUAAAUUAAAUAUUUAAAUUGUUGGCUAAUUUCCAGUAGAAGUUUAUAUAGUGAGGAAAAUUGCUUAAUAGUAUCUGCAACUGUACAGGAUUGUCACAUUGGAGAUGAACCCAGUGUGACAGACAGCACAAAGAACUGCAAAUGAUCUCUAAAAUUUGUAUCAUGCACAUUACUUCACUCCCAGCUAUGCAAAGC